CGGAAGUGGAACGGGGAGCGCGCGCCCGCGGAGGGAAGAGGGGGAAAAAAAUGGAAGAGACCCCUAACUUUUUAAACCUUACUUAAGAGACGUUUUCAUCGUUGUCGCGCCGAUCCAUGAGGAGAACCCCCUGUUAAAUAUCGCCCUCUGUCACCCCCGAGGGGUUUCAAUUGCGAUUCUGAGAUUUUUUUUGUUUUGACUGUUCCAUCAAAAAAAGUCCGCACAGUCGCAUUUUCUUUUUGCCAUUUCUAUUCUCCCCCUCACACCCAUUUGCAGGAUGCCCGAGAUCAAGCUCCAACAUGUCGUGUCGUGCAGCAGUGAAGACACGGUGAGCAUAACCUCCAUCCAUUACCCAGCAGUCAUCCUCGUAUCCUCGUUCUUCAUGUCUCCAACGGAGAGCCGGAAUGGGACACCCCUCAACAGGGUCCGCAUGUUUGGCCCUGACAAGCUGGCCAAAGCCACCCUGGCUAAGAAAUGGGAUCGUGUUAAAGUGGUCUGCACACAGCCCUACAACAAGUUACAGCAACCAACACCAGUGAAAAGGAAGUUUGAGUUUCCAAAGGAGAGGAUGGGAAGCCUUCCAGUCAAAAAGGAGAGCCCUGGGGAAGGAUCUGAAUCUACGAGCAAGAAAACAAGCCCGCCACUAUCCACAACGAAAAGAAUCAAAGCCGAACCCAAUGUCUCUCCGCCCCCUUUGAACGCUGGCCCCCUCACCCCCUCACAGCCGGGUGCCUCCAGGAAAGCUGCGUCCCUCCAGAAGAAGGCGAAGAAGCAUCGAAAGGGGGCUGGUGAGCCAGUUGAGUUCCACCGCAUCCUGGAGGGAACCAUCUUUGUCCUGAGCGGCUUCCAGAAUCCCUUCCGCUCAGAGCUAAGGGACAAGGCUCUGGAAAUGGGGGCCAAGUACCGGAGCGACUGGUCACCCGACAGCACCCACCUCAUCUGCGCCUUUGCAAACACUCCCAAGUACACCCAGGUCAAGUCGCAAGGGGGAUGUGUGGUCCGAAAGGAUUGGAUCUUGGACUGCUACAAGAAGAAACAGAGGCUGUCCCACAAACGAUGGCUUCCUAAUCUGGUUGGUUUAUUUGUUUGUUUUCUUUUAUUACCAGUUACAGGGAAGAGUUUUGAUGAUGAUUCUGGCUGUGACACUGAGGAUGAACUCAAAAGAGUCCAGGAGUACCAUCAGAAGCAGCUGCGGGCCACCAAGGAAGAGGUCGAUCCUUACGCUGGCUCGACCGAUGAAAAUACAGACGUGGAGGAGAGUGUCUCUGGAGAUGUUGAUCUCCCCAUCCCCGAACUGCCAGAUCUCUUUCUCGGGAAGCACUUCCUCCUGUACGGUGAGUUCCCUGAUGGUGAGCACCGGAUGUUGAGCCGCUACAUCACCGCCUUCAACGGGGCCCUGGAGGAGUACAUGAACGACUCUGUAAACUACGUGAUCACUGCUGAGGAGUGGGACGACAGAUUUGAUGAGGCUCUGAUGGAGAAUUCAAACCUGGCCUUUGUCAAACCGCGAUGGGUGUACGUAUGCAAUGAAAAGCAGAAAAUGGUGCCUCACCAGCCAUACGUAGUGGUCCCUCAGCUAUAGUGGCUCGAAGCCCGUCUCCUGUUGGACAAUGAAGCUGGAGGGAGGGCAGUGGGGCUGAAGACUGAGGGGCAGAGACUCCAGCAUCAUAGCAUCAGAUCUGUCAGACAACAGUGCUGGCUGAGCGUGCAUGAGGAAACAGAAAGUUAUUGUGGCAAUGAGGGAGGCCACUCAGUCCAUUGAGUUCAUUCUAGCUCUGUGUAAAAUGAUCCAGUUAAUCCUGUUCUUGCUUGAACCACGUUACCUUGCAAGUUUAUUUCCGUUGUGUGUCUAUUCAACUUCCUUUUGAAAUCAUUCAUCAUCUCUGCUUCCCCCACCUUUCAUAGGCAGAGAGCUCCUGCUCAUUUUUCUUCACAUCCCCUCCCUUUGCCUUUUUCCUAAAAGCCUGAAAUCUCUGCCUUCCCCAGUCCUUCCUAACAAGAGCAGCUUUCCUUUGUCCACACCUUUUUGUACGUGUUGUUUUGUACACUUCUACCUGGACUGCUCUCCGUCAGCUUCACUCCCAGGAGAGCAGACCCUGGCUCCGCCAAACUAAGCCUGCCCCUGAAAUCUGUCCCCUCUGCUGCCGGUGUGAUGAAUCUCCUCUGCUGCCUCUCGCGCCUCUCAUUCUUUCUCCAGGAUAAGAAAUUCCAGAAAUGAAAAACAUCUUUCCUCCUUAAGGCUAUUUUGGAUCAGCCUGUAUCGAGGUGAGAGGUCUAAACUGAGCUCACACAGUCUGUAGUACUGCCAACCUUGAUUUGAAACUGUCCAAAUCUGUCUCAUUUGAUAGCUUUUGUUGUUUGAUUCUUUUUUCUUGUAAAUAAACCAGACGUGUUUGCUUAAAGCCCUGAAGGGGUUAUUUGAAGCUGAGAAAGUCUAAGCUUAGUUCAUUUCUUCUUUGAUUCCUUUCAAUGGUGACUGGUUGGCAACACUUGAGUGAUGUUGUAUCUUUUAUCUUUACCUGCAGUACAAGAGUGUUUAAUGGCUGCUCUCAAAGCUGAAGUUGUCUGCUCCAAGGGCUGUGAACACAUCCGAAGCUCCUUUUUAAUCUGUUUUUUCCAAUAUCCCCAUAACACCAAUGAAGAGGUAUUUGCAAUAACAAUCGCAAAAGUGAUUUUAAAAAAGAAAUGAUUUCUUAAAAAAAAACAAGACGUUUUUGGCCAAUUGAUCAGAGCCGAAAUCUACAGAGAUCUCUUUGAGCGGUCAAAGUGGAGGGCAGCAGAAAGAGGGGUCGACUUGGGAUUAGUUGGAUGACAGAUGGAGAUCGUCUUCUGUCGGGAUGCUGUUUGGUAGUCAGCCUCUUGUUACCUCUUUUUUUAAAAAUUUUUUCCAUUGAACCUUUCCUAGUGUGAGAUUCCAUGCACAGCACUCUGGUGGAGCAUCACUGAAUUUACAUCCAGGGUCACUUCUUUUAUUUUCGCAAUAGUCUUUUUUUUUAAAAAAAAAACACGUGUUGGUAUUGAAAGUGCAAAAUGCUGUAAGUAAUUCAGGUUCUGAGCCAUCGCCAAGACAGCAAGCCGUGUACUGGAGAGGGGUUGGAGCUUCUGCCAUCGCUAAUGAUAGCUCCAGGUUACAACACAGCUAUAAAAGUGCAUGUUGUCACAGCAGCUUGCACCCCUGAAUAAGCUGUGACCAAGUCCCAUAACUGAUGCACUCCCAAACCUCACAGGAGAUAGUACCUUCGGGGCUGACAUCUCGAAAUACAAAAGAGAAGUGAUUGAGAUGUUGAGAAGUGUUAAUGUUUAUGGCGUGUGUUUUUUUGAUUAAUGUGACUGUUUGUUUGAAUGUUUGCUGGCACCUCAGAUGUCUUGACAUGUUUUACAUAUUAAAGAAUGUGUAGUUUUUGAUCUUUUAAUAUCCCAGGGUGCGGAACUGCAGAAUAAAACCUGACAUUAUGAAUUGAA